CUAAUAAUACAUUAUUUCUUUCCUUAAAUAACAAGAUUUUUGUUAGGACAAUUCUAUAUUAGGUGCGGGGAAUUGAUACUUACUAACAGUUCGGGAACCAGAUUAUUUAAUGGAAUUCAGGAAAUCGACCACAAUGGAGCAAGUGAAAGACGUCUGCAAAGACGCGUUCGAGCGCUCGAACUUCCGGCUUGCAAGGCGGCCGGCGUACCUAAGGGUUGAUCUUGACGUGUUACUGAACAACUUGAAGAUUCUCAAGGGACUCCUGAACCAGCACACCGAGAUCAUUGCCGUGGUGAAGGCAAAUGCGUACGGACAUGGUGCGCCGCAGGUUGCUCGCUUCCUGGAGAAGCACGGAAUCUCACACUUCGCGGUCGCCACCGCGCUGGAGGGGGAGGAACUGCGCACCGCCGGCGUCCACUGCAACAUACAGAUAUUUGGAAACGCGUCCGAGGACGAGAUUCCUCCGAUGUUCGAGAACCGGCUUAUCCCAACGGCGGCAGAUAUCCACUUCCUGUCACAGUGGCUGCGGUACUGGCGGGAGCGGCAGAGGAACACUCUGGGGGUGGAGGUAUGGCGGUAGUCUCACUA